AACACGUAAUAGCAAAAUGUCAAAGCCUGAACUCGACAGUGAUGGUUUUCAAAAAGUGAAAAGUAAACGCAAUUCUAAAAAUAAACCUACAAAAAUACCGAAUAGAGAGAUAAAGUUUGAAAAACAAGACAUUUCGAUAGAUGUUGAUAAAGCUAUUCAGAGGAUCCACUGCGCUGUAGAGGAUUUACAAAAUUCUAUUUACUUAGAGGACGUUAUUAAAUCCGUGAGUAGCUUUUUACAAGACAGAAAAGUCGUAGAAAUUGUUUGUUUAGGACUUGGACAUGUAGCAGAAUGUAAUAUUUCUAGACAUCAAUUGGCUCUCUUGUUGUGCCUCAAGGAACAUUGUAAUCCCAUAAAAGUGUUAGUACAUGACCCUAUAUUUUAUAAAGAGGAGUGCACGCUUCUACACAAGCUAGGGCUUAAAGUAAUACCCAUAAAUAAUGAAGGCAGUUAUGUAAUAUCAGAUAAAGGACCCACUCUAGUGUAUUUUCCUCACUGUCCAAAACAAUUGACUAACAACUUUCUAUGGAGCAACUGGGGUCCCAACCUUGAGAACUGCAUACUCAUUUGUAAUAGCUUUAGCUCCCUUAUAGACAAUCAGCCCAGUAGAAUUCUCUCAAAAACUGUCCCAUACAUAUACAAAAUAUAUCCACAUACUACCGAGGAGUCUUUGAAAAAUAGUUUUAAAUACACUGACAUUUUCAAUGAUACUUCCAUACAUCAGUUUUGUAAGGCCAAGCUAGAGAAACUUGACUCAGACUUUUGGACAAAGGGUGACAAACCAACAUACGAAAAUACUGAAGAAUUUAUUACGUCUCUCAUGGUACAGAAGCUGAACAUUUAAUUUGU